AUGAACUUUCCUCCUAAGUUCAUUCAUUGGAUAUCCCUUUGCAUUACCACAGCGUCUUUCUCUGUACAAGUAAAUGGCGAGUUGGCUGGAUAUUUCCAGAGCGAAAGAGGUUUGCGACAAGGUUGUGCUCUUUCUCCAUAUCUCUUUGUCAUAUGCAUGAACGUGCUGUCCAAACUACUGGAUAAGUCUGCAAAAGAAAACCAGUUUGGAUACCAUCCAAAAUGUAAGAAUCUGGGGCUUACUCAUCUCAGUUUCGCUGAUGAUCUAAUGGUAUUUACGGACGGAAGAGUACGAUCAAUCGAGAAUAUUGUGGAAGUCUUUAACUAUUUUGUAAAAGUAUCAGGUUUGAAGAUAAGCAUGGAGAAAUCGACAAUCUAUUAUGCUGGUAUGAUGGAUGAAAAUCGUCAAGAACUGCUUAAUACAUUUCAGUUUGCUUCUGGUACAUUGCCGGUGUGUUAUCUAGGCUUGCCUCUUCUCACACGUCAGAUGCAAAAAGAGGAUUAUCAGGUGCUUAUCGAGAAGAUAAAGAUGUGUAUUAGCUUAUGGACUAGCCGCUUCCUGCCUAUGGCUGGUCGGCUGCAGUUGAUAAAGUCAGUUUUGCUAAGCAUAGUCAAUUUCUGGAUGACUGGUUUCACGCUCUCGGGGCAGUGUAUUAAGGAAAUCAACAGCCUCUGCUCUGCUUUCCUUUGGUCUGGUCCUUCUCUUAAUGUGAAGAAAGCAAAAGUUUCCUGGGAUGUGGUCUGCCUCCCUAAGAAAGAAGGAGGUAUGGGUCUCAGAUUACUGAAGGCGAUGAACAAAGUCCUUACUCUGAAACUGCUAUGGAGGCUCACGUCCUCUCAACCUUCUCUUUGGGCCAAAUGGAUCCAAACGUACUUGGUUAAGAGCGACAUCAUAUGGUCUAUCAAGGAUACAACAACUGCAGGAUCAUGGGUGCGGAGAAAGCUUCUGAAGUAUAGAGACCUUGCAAAACAAUUCCAUAAAAUGAAGGUGGGAAAUGGAAACCGAACCUCUUUCUGGUUUGAUUCUUGGUCUCCACUGGGAUGUCUGUAUGAUAUCACUGGAGUCCGUGGGUGCAUUGACUUGGGAAUUAGAGCUACUGCAACGGUCUCCUCAGCUUUGCUUUCGAGAAGACGAAGUAUAGACCAUCGACAAGAGGUAUGGUCUCGGUUAACCAAAAACCUUCUUUGUGGGAGUUUCACAACUGACUGGACAGAGCUAAUAGAGAUCAUCAAGGAUAACAGUCAGGAUUUUCUCUCCAAGUUCUUAACCCGCUAUGUCUUCCAACUCUCGAUACAUUCUUUAUGGCGAGAAAGAAAUGACAGAAGACAUGGAGCUACUCCAACUACAGUCUCUGUUAUGGUCGGCAUACUUGAUAGGCAAGUCCGAAACAAAUGUCUCUCGUUCCGGCAGGUUCGGAAUUUCACAUUUGCUGCAGUCUUAGGGGUGUGGUUUUCUACCAGAUAG